AUGAUGGUUAAACAUAUUUUGAGACAAUUAUUUGAACAUGAAUCAUCAACAUAUACAUAUCUCUUAGCUGAUUUAACAACAAAAGAAGCUUUGAUUAUUGAUCCUGUUAUUGAUACUGUUGAACGUGAUGCUAAACUUAUUCAACAACUUGGACUCAAAUUACGAUAUGCAGUCAAUACACAUGUUCAUGCUGAUCAUAUAACAGGAAGUGGUAAAUUGAAAAUAUUAUUUCCAGGAUGUAAAAGUAUUCUUUCGAUUGAAAGUGGAGCUAAAGCAGAUAUUUAUGUAAAAGAUGGUGAAUUCAUCAAAAUUGGAGAAUCAGAUAAAACACCAUUGACACUUGAAUGUCGAGCAACUCCUGGUCAUACAAAUGGUUGUAUGAGUUUUGUUUGGCAUGAUUAUGGAGCUGUAUUUACAGGUGAUACUCUUUUAAUUCGUGGUUGUGGUCGAACUGAUUUUCAACAAGGAAGUUCUGAUACACUUUAUACAUCGAUACAAACAAAAAUAUUUACAUUACCUGAUCAUUAUCUUGUUUAUCCAGCACAUGAUUAUACAGGACAAACAUGUUCAAGUAUUUUUGAGGAAAAAACUUAUAAUCCAAGGUUAACUAAAUCACGAGAAGAAUUUAUUGAAAUAAUGGCUAAUCUGAAACUUAGCUAUCCUAAACAAAUUGAUAAAGCUCUUCCUGUAAAUUUGGUUUGUGGAUUACAAGGAGAUAUAUAA